GACGUCGACGGCUGGUGCUCUGCGCGGUCCGCCAACCGAGUUGUUUACCUUCCCCGCGUGUUUUUCACACCGUGUUUUCACAUUUUCCUGAAGAAAAUUACGCUAGAAUUUUGUUACAAACCAAUUUUUUAUGUAGUGACUUAAGUUACCCGUGCUACGCUUCGUGUUUUCUGUUUGAUCUGUUGUUGUUAUACCCCGGUUCCGCAUAGGCCGGCUUGUUGCGUUGUUUAUGUGGUACGCUCGAAUACAAGUGCUGUAAUCUUCGGGAUUUUUAUGGAUUUUUUGAGACUAUAAUUUUGUCGUCGUUCAGCUGUUUUGUUUUAGUGUGGCUUUUGAGUUCGUAAAGGAUUACGCAAGCUACCGUGGGAUUUAUGAGCACUACAGACGAAGCAAACUUGCUUCCACCACAUGAAUCAAAGUCGGCAGCUUUUGAGAGAGCUCAGGAACUAUACAUAAAUUAACCGCCGAUUCAGACGAAUGGUGUCAAAUAUCCCGAUAAAUGGAGUUCAAGUCAUGAUGAAGUUCUACUUCAAGAAAAAACCCAACAUGUCCUGCUGAUGAAUUCAAACAUCCGAGUGAAAUUCCUCCGGAUCGAGUUCAUUGUCAAAAAAUCUUGCAAAUUCAAAAAUCUCUAUACGGUGCGCGUUUUCCGAAUUUUCUCGUUGAGCGCGGUCUAUUCUAGUACAAAUUUUAAUGUCUUAAAAAAAUCUAUAUGCCUUCCAUUUGACUCUAUAAAAAUUUUUAAAAACACGUGAUUGUUUCCGAUUUUACGUGUUUUGAAUAUACUCGACCGUUCCUCAAAAAUUCGGCGCUACCGUUAUUUUUCUGUGAUUUGCUGCCUUUUUUAUUAAUACCGGGUUUACGUCGUAUUCAUGUCUGCGGACGAUACUUUACUCAGUGCCUAAUUGUGUUGAUCUCUUUUACGCGUAAAUAACUCAUUGUUUUUGGUGCUCCUAUCUAUUAAUCAACUUGCGUUUUGAAUCAACCUCAAAUAAUAAACUUUUGAUUGGUUGAUGGCAAACAACAUCCACUCAAAACAACCGUGAAUUUUACCUCCGAUCGAAAAUUUAUAUUUAUAUAAUUGAUUCUUAACUAUAUUAAACUUCGAUUUCUUUGAAAAAGUGUUAGUGUGGAAAAUUUUCAACGACGGCUGUAAUCUAGGACCUUGCUAAUCUUCGCUUUAUCUGUAAAACUAACAGCAAGAACAAAUUUUACUCGUGAAUAGUGUUUCAAGGGGCAGAAAAUAACAAUCAAAUCAUAAAAACCACCUACUUGCCAUUCUUCAGUUAUUUCAAUUAUUCUGUCCGGUAAUUAGAGAGAUUUCAGUGCCGUAAGAAAAAUUCAGUGCAACUCUUCGAAAAUCUUCUCUUUUUGUGUCUUUUCGAAGUUUCCCAAAUUUCGGUCCAAAAAUGACGUUUUCCUCGAAACCUUUUAAACUGCGGAGCGUGAGCAGAUUGCACAGCUCGAAUUGAUAGUGGUCCUGGUGACUUGAACGCGCGGCUAAAAAGAACAACCCAAAUGUACAACCUGAACGUGCCUUCCACGGGGGGAGACGGGGCUCUCGCACUCCCCCAAUCCGGGUCUCAAACCCCGCGCACCCCCGAAGUUCUCAAUACCCUGAUGGCUGUGAUGAACCCCCUGGACGCCUACACCCCGACGGACCCGAAACUCGCCUCCUCUCCACCGGGUGAUUCCGAAAUGGGCUCCGGGACCGGUUCGGGUAUCGGUUCCGCGACAGCGCAUCCCAUUCCUGUGUCGAGUAUCCAAAAGACUCGAUCUUUACUCAUCAAAGAGGGGUUGAAGCUCACGAUACAGGCGAAGCGGGGUGCGAUGACGCCCGGAUCGGAUUCUGGUUCGGAACUGGUUCAUGAAAAACCUACCCCCUUCCUGAGGGAGGAUUUUACCAUGGACUCGAUCGGGUCCGAUGAAGGAGAUGAUGGGAUGUCUUCCAUAGCUGGUGAUGCGGUAUUGUCUUUAGAAGACGAAGAACGGAGACGGAGAAGGAGAGAAAAGAACAAAAUCGCAGCGACGAAGUGCAGGCUGAAGAAGAGAGCACGAACCGUCAAGCUGGAGGAGGAAUCAAAAUUGCUGGAAAAUCAAAACGUAGACCUGAAAGCGGAAAUCGAGAAGCUGAAGUCGGAACGACAGCAGCUGGUCGAGAUGCUUUCGGGACACCAGAAACACUGCAAGAAAAACCACCGAAUCACCACUCUGACCGAGGAAGAUUUCGCCAACGACCCGGAAUUCAUCUCAACGGACCUGGGGACGAACCCCUUCCAACCGGGAGACGCAACCCUCGCCACGACCCCUAUGGAGCCCGGCAAACCCGAGGCCGUGAGCCACGGGCCCAGCACCUCUGCGCAUGCGCAGUACACGAUGGACUACUCCGCGCAGGAGUUCCCGCCGUCCGAAACGGUGCCCGUGAGACAGGAUUACGUCUAUCCAGGCUCGGAAGUCUACUUCAGUAAUCCUGAUAUCAAACCACCAAUUGGCAUCAUUCCAGGCGCAAACUACUACGAGCGGAGCUACAACGCGACGACGCACCCGAGUUUCCCGGCGUACUCAGUGGCGACGGGAGUGGCGGCGCACGGUUCGCCGUUCGCCCACUCGGAGUACGACAGCAACGUGGAGCUCAUGAGCCCGGCCAGCACCGGCACCUCCGGCUACACCGACUACUCCACCAGCGACGCCUCCAACUUCUCCCAUUUCCCCGUCCCCUGCGCCACGUCCCCGCCCGAGGAGUACCCCCAAUCCCACCCUAGGUACAACUGCGUCUACGAGAUCAACCCAUAGCACCGGGUGCCCAUUUCGACCCAGCGGCAUACUCAGCAUGAAAUACGGACAUAGAGUACAUAGAGUCGUCAUGUAAAUGAGAGAGCUGGCGCCAUGUUCUGCUCGACGAGUUCUGAGCCCGGUGUGCGCCGAGUUCGGGUCACUUUUUCGAUACAUCGUCACC